AUGCCUCGCUAUGGCUUCACUGUCCUCUCGUACAUUGCAGCCGUCCUGGUCCUCAUGCCUUUCCAGUCCCACUGGCGGGCGAGGAACAUUGCGACGAUAGCGCUCAUGGCAUGGCUAUUUAUCGUUAACCUUUUACAAGGGACGGGCACUAUAAUUUGGGCGAACACUGCCAGGAUCGUGGCACCGAUCUAUUGCGACGUUAGUAACCUGCUGCGGGUUGCCGGUGGAUGGGCGUUACCAGCAAGUGCAUUAUGUCUCACUAGAUCUCUUGCGAAUGUGGCUUCGCCAAAUUAUACGCCUACCGAUUUGGAUGGGAAGCGGAAACGUUUUUGGUUUGAGAUCACGAUGUGCGUCUUCAUGCCCUUUGUUUACGCCGGUCUACAUUACAUCACCCGGGAAAAUCGAUUUCAUAUCAUUGAAGAUUUCGGCUGUCAAGUUGAUACAUAUUUCAGCUGGGUAGCGAUCUGGCUUGUCUACAUUCCGUCUCUCACUAUUUCCAUCAUCUCGGCUGUACAUGUUGGUAUUGCGAUGUACUGGCUAACGCAACGCCGUGCACAGCGCGCAGAGCUAUUCUUUGUUUCCCAUUCCGGACUCACUACCACCCGGUAUUUCCGGCUUAUGGCUCUUGGUUUGACGGAGGUCAUCAUUGAUCUCGGUGUCAACUUAUACGUCUUUAUCAGCAAAAUUUCGCUUAAUCCCAUACAACCUUGGGUGAGCUGGGAGUAUGUUCGCCACCGCAUCAGCACAACCUCUCAGUCCAACGACGCUUCCAUCUCUCCCGGCGUAAAGCUCCGACUUGUUGCAAUGUCCACUAUCCCCAUUACUACAGCAUUCGCUUUCUUCAUGUUCUUCGCGUUUGGUGAAGAGGCUGUUGCCGAUUACAAGAGGAAUUGGACACUGGUCAAAAUUUACAUUUUCCAGCUUGAACCUUCAAUCACCCCUAGAGAAUAUAGAGGUCCCACAUUUUUUCUGUGCGUACCUUUCUCCCGUGAGCAAGGAUUUAAAUUCGCGUGGCUAACGUUAUGCCUCAUUAUUGAGAAACCCCGGGGAAGGUGUUAG